AUGUCGGAAGUAACGGACAAAACAGUGGAGUUCCUGCUCCGCCACGAUCCUGCGCGUCCGUCACCGGAUCUCGGUUCUCUCGUGGGGAAUUCUUUUGAAGUUACACAUUGGCGAAACGCAUUUGAUACAUUCCAGCAGACGGAACGUAUGAAGCUGUGGGAAACGAAAACGGCUUUAGAUAGUAUUGACAACGCUGCAUACAUGGCGGCCCGUGAUGCGCUAUUCCCCUUAGCGGUGAGUGGUCGUCAGGGCGCCUCCGCCUUUGGGAACCGCGCCGGACACAAACUAUAUGAGACGAUGGAAGCGAGUGGUGUGUGGGAACACCUACGAGAAGAGUGGCUUUCACAGAAAAAAGGGAAACGUAUUGGAUUUGUAGAUGUCUGUGGUGGACCUGGUGCCUUUUCACAGGCACUCUUCGCAAUGUCCAAAGGAUAUAAAUUGAAACUUCGGGGUUUUGGUAUGACUCUUCGAGGAGUGGAAGGACUAGAUUGGUAUUCCAAUCUCUUAUCUAGGGAUUUUUUGCCAACGUAUGGAAUUGAUGGUACUGGGGAUAUAUUUAAAUUGGCAAACAUUGAAGCAUUAUGUUCAUUAACUCUUACAGAGCAUAUAAAAUUAGUUGUAGCUGAUGGGGGUUUUAACGUCCCAUUUGAUAUUGCUAAUUACCAAGAGACUAUCUCUGGUAGAAUUCUCUUCGGACAAUGGUUAGCCGCACUAAAGUUAUUGCGUAAUGGUGGAUGUUUUAUUCUCAAACUAUUUGAUACAUUUUCACCGUUGCUGCGGAGUAUGCUUUUCCUUUCUACCUACCUUUAUAAACGUGUACAUGUAGUGAAACCACGCCACAGUCGCGUUGUAAAUAGUGAGAGAUACUUGGUAUGUAUCGGUUUUACAGGCGUCUCACCAGAGUGGAUGGAGUAUUUUGAAAAGUGUUAUCAGGAUGGAUUCAUUGAUAAUGAUUCUAUUCCAACAAUACUCCCAUCAACGUGGGUAAUGGAAGACGAAAUAUUUAAGAAUGACCUAGCGGAUAUGAACGCCACAAUUGCGUCAAAUCAGACAGUCGCCCUAGAAAUGGUGAUGGCGAAACUACAGACAUCUCCCCAAGCUGAAAAUUAA